GGAUCCUUCAGACGGCCUUCGCUGUGAUUCCAUCAUUCGGCCUCCUUCCCGGCCUGCCUCGCGCCAGGGCCGGGCUGGGCCAGAGCAGCCCAAGAUGGCCGACUUCGAGGAUCGGGUGUCGGAUGAGGAGAAGGUACGCAUAGCUGCUAAAUUCAUCACUCACGCACCCCCAGGGGAAUUUAACGAAGUGUUCAACGAUGUCCGGCUACUACUUAAUAAUGACAAUCUCCUCAGGGAAGGGGCAGCACAUGCAUUUGCCCAGUAUAACAUGGAUCAGUUCACACCUGUGAAGAUAGAAGGAUAUGAAGAUCAGGUCUUAAUUACAGAACACGGUGACCUGGGUAAUAGCAGAUUUUUAGAUCCAAGAAACAAAAUUUCCUUUAAGUUUGAUCACUUACGGAAAGAAGCAAGUGACCCCCAGCCAGAGGAAGUAGAUGGAGGUCUGAAGUCUUGGAGAGAAUCCUGUGACAGUGCUUUAAGGGCCUAUGUGAAAGAUCAUUAUUCCAACGGCUUCUGUACUGUUUAUGCUAAAACUAUAGAUGGGCAACAGACCAUUAUUGCAUGUAUUGAAAGCCACCAGUUUCAGCCUAAAAACUUCUGGAAUGGUCGUUGGAGAUCAGAAUGGAAGUUCACCAUCACACCAUCUACAGCCCAGGUGGUUGGAGUACUUAAGAUUCAGGUUCACUAUUAUGAAGAUGGUAAUGUUCAGUUGGUUAGUCAUAAAGAUGUACAGGACUCAGUAACUGUUUCGAAUGAAGUCCAAACUGCUAAGGAGUUUAUUAAAAUUAUAGAGCAUGCAGAAAAUGAGUAUCAGACAGCAAUUAGUGAAAACUAUCAAACAAUGUCAGACACCACGUUCAAGGCCUUGCGCCGGCAACUUCCAGUUACCCGCACCAAAAUCGACUGGAACAAGAUACUCAGCUACAAGAUUGGCAAAGAAAUGCAGAAUGCUUAAAGGCUGAAUGUAGGAUUCUUCAAUACAUGGAAAGAAAGGAUGCAAUGUGUGGUCAUAUGAUAAAUAAGUGAUUUAUAAACAAGAGUGAUAUUUUGCUAGGGCUUUCAAAGUUAACAGGUUUUCUAGCCUCAUGGAAUACUGUUGAACCUAUAGCAUUGUCUUGAUUCUUUUGUGUUUUCUGCCUGGUAAUUUUCUGUUUUCACUAUAUCUACUUGUAAAUCUUUUUUUUUUUUUUCCAAUUCUGCCACAUUUAAUGAUGGAGAGAGAUAUCUAUCCUGGAGUCAUUUUACUGUUUAGAAAAUUUUCCUAGCCAUGAAGCCCUGUCACUGACAUAGACAGGUAAUAUGUUCAGUACUUUUCUACCCAGUCCUUCAAAGCACUUCUGGUACUUCAGUGGUUUUUACUGAUCAACCAACAGCUAAAGAGGCUAUGCUACAAACUACAGCUGAAUGGAAGACACAUUCAUCCUUCUCCCUCCAGUUGCUUUGAUCAUCAUUUAUAGCAUCUCAUAACUAUAGUUUCAAACAUUUGGAUUGGGGUUUUUCAGACCCUUUUUAGAGGCAAAGGAAGUUUUCUGGAAGUUCCAUUAUAGCCAGCUUCUCUGGGGAAGUUGUUUUUAAAUCCAAAGACUUGAACCACAUUCCCUACAAAUGAACGUGUUUGCUUUCUUCCCUUCCAUCACUGUUUCCUUCUCAUCUAGUACCAUUAUAGUUGUAGACAUGUGCAUUUUUAGAAGAGUUUUACCCACUUAUUAUUUUUUUAAUAUUCAAAAACUGCUGACAUACUAGGGAUAUAGUAGAGUAUAAAACUUGAAAAAAUGCAGAUGUUGAAGGAAUAAUAGGUAUCUUGUGCUUUAAUACUUUGUGGCAGAAUUGUACUAUAAGCGAAUGAAUCAAACAACUAUGUUAAUCUCAAACAAAACUAAAAAUGAACCAAAGUGAGAAGGACAACGUUCAGACAGUAUCUUUCUAUUGUAACCUGUUAUUUAAGGGAAUACUAGUGAUUUGUUCUAAAUAGGAUGUAAAACUUUUUCCAAAUUACUUCCUCAGUCCUGCCUGCCAACUCAAAUAUAACUGUGAUAUAGCAACCCUUCCCAAGUUUAUUGGCAGGUAAGGUGUGAUCUCAGAAUACACAGGUAACAUAGAUAUGAUAUAACUGGUAAUGGUGGAUUCAUUUACAUUGUUUACACUUCUAUGACCAGGCCUUAAGGGAAGGUCAGUUUUUUAAAAACCAAGUAGUGUCUUCCUCCAAAUACAUGUCAAAAGAAGGGUUUGUGUUUCAGCUUUGUUUCUGCUUGGUAAUACAGUCAAGCAAGAGUUUAUUUCCAAGUGACCCAUUGAGCUGUGUAAGCAUUUUUGUUUAUUUCAAAUAAAAUAUAUUUGUAUUAUUUGUCAUUCAUACUAUCCAUCCAUACCACACUAUCCUCUGUAUCAGGUAGUCCAAUAGAAAUAUACCUGUUUUGUUCUUAAA